ACUCUGUUUAAAAUUUGCAAUACAUAUGUUCACCUUUCCCCAGGCAAUGAGUCGACAAAGGAGGAGGAGGAAGAAGAAGAGGAAGAAAUGGUGGAUCCCAUUGAAUCAGUGCGGCAGAAGUGUGCGGAGACAGAACACUGCAUUCACACCUGGGAACGUCUGGAGCAAUGUGAGACCAGAGUUGGCUCCCGGUCUUCAACGGAGGAGGACUGUGCCGAGGAGCUGUUUGACUUCCUACAUGCUCGAGACCACUGUGUGGCACAUAAAUUGUUCCAUUCUGUCAAAUGAAGCUCUCAGUAAUGGACUACUGGCUAAUGGCAUUCUUCACAUAUUGUAUCGUAAGAAGAACUUUGAGUAAAAUACAUCCAUUUGUGGAUCUACUGUAUGUUUUAACUUGAAGUGUAUACAUUAUCUGCUCAUGUAAAAAAGUAUUUAACA